GCGCCCGCCAUGUCGUGCGUGCACUACAAGUUCUCCUCCAAGCUCAACUAUGACACGGUCACCUUCGACGGCCUCCACAUCUCCCUGUGCGACCUCAAGCGCCAGAUCAUGGGCCGCGAGAAGCUCAAGGCGGCCGACUGCGACCUGCAGAUCACCAACGCGCAGACCAAAGAAGAAUACACAGAUGAUACUGCCCUGAUUCCUAAGAAUUCAUCAGUAAUUGUUAGAAGAAUCCCAAUUGGAGGAGUUAAAGCUACCAGCAAAACAUAUGUUAUGACUCCUAAAUCGCACAAAAUCCUAGAAACUUCUUUCAGAAGUCGAACUGAACCAGUGAGUGGGACAUCAAAAGCAAUUGAUGACUCUUCUGCAUCUAUUUCUCUGGCCCAGCUUACUAAGACCGCCAAUCUGGCUGAAGCCAAUGCUUCCGAAGAAGAUAAAAUAAAAGCUAUGAUGUCACAGUCUGGCCAUGAAUAUGAUCCCAUCAACUACAUGAAGAAACCCUUGGGUCCGCCUCCACCGUCCUAUACGUGCUUUCGUUGUGGAAAACCUGGCCAUUACAUAAAGAACUGCCCAACAAAUGGGGACAAAAAUUUUGAGUCUGUUCCGAGGAUUAAAAAGAGCACAGGAAUUCCCAGGAGUUUCAUGAUGGAGGUGAAAGAUCCCAAUACAAAGGGUGCUAUGCUUACAAACACUGGAAAAUACGCAAUACCGACCAUCGAUGCGGAAGCUUAUGCUAUAGGAAAGAAGGAGAAGCCUCCAUUCUUGCCAGAGGAUCCAUCUUCCUCCUCUGAAGAAGAUGAUCCUAUUCCAGAUGAGUUGUUAUGUCUCAUUUGCAAAGAUAUAAUGACCGAUGCGGUGGUUAUUCCCUGCUGUGGAAACAGUUAUUGUGAUGAAUGUAUCAGAACAGCACUCCUGGAAUCUGAGGAACAUACCUGCCCAACUUGUCAUCAGACAGAUGUUUCUCCUGAUGCUUUAAUUGCCAACAAGUUUCUGCGCCAGGCUGUGAACAACUUCAAAAAUGAAACUGGGUACACAAAGAGGCUCCGUAAGCAGAUUCAGCAGCAACAGCAGCAGCAGCCGCCGCCGCCGCCGCCACCACCACCGCCACUAAUGAGACAAACAAUAACUCGCAACCUGCAGCCUCUGCUCAGACCAACGAUUUCCAGACAGCAGGAUCCACUAAUGAUUCCAUUAGCUGCUCUGUCGUCUCAUUCUGCUGCUUUGUCAGCACUGGCUCCUGGUCACUCUAUGGCAGCUGCUCUGCCAGUAAAUCCGGCUUCUGCCGCGGUCUCAGAUCUCCCUCCAGCAGUGUCCCUAUCUCUUCGUGCUGAAAAGCCAGAUGGACCUUUUCGUGAUGCUGAUGGUGUUUUACCUCCUGCUGCGCUUGUGAGUGCAUCUGAACUUGUUAAAUCAUCUUCUGUUCUGUCAAUCAGCAGUUUGAUGGAUGAGAAGGGCUAUCAGGUUCCUGUGCUAAGACAGCCAGCGUUACAAAGUCUUCUAGGCCCACAAGGACAGUCCAUACCCACAACUGGUCAGCCCAUGAGAGUCGGUGCCCUCCGCAUGGCAGGCGGCAGGCCAGGCUGGGAACCAAGUUCAAAUCGAGGACGCCCGCAUAGUGAACGUACACAAAGGACUCAGGCCCCAACACUACCAGCAUCAGCACCAGUCUUUGUGCCUGUGCCUCCACCUCCCUUGUAUCCUCCACCUCCCCAUGCACUUCCUCUUCCACCGGGGGUACCACCACCACAGUUUCCUCCUCAGUUUCCACCUGGUCAGCCUCCAUCUGCUGGGUACACUGUCCCCCCUCCAGGAUAUCCCCCAGCUCCUGCAAACAUGUCAUCAGCUUGGGUACCAACAGCAGUACCAACGGCUCAUUCAAAUGCCAUCCCAACGACACAAGCACCUCCUUUAUCUAGGGAGGAGUUUUACAGAGAACAACGGAGACUUAAAGAGGAGGAAAAGAAAAAGUCCAAACUUGAUGAGUUUACAAAUGAUUUUGCUAAGGAAUUGAUGGAAUAUAAAAAGAUUCAAAAGGAGCGUAGGCGUUCGUUUUCCAGGUCCAAGUCUCCCUAUAGUGCUUCAUCCUACUCUAGAAGUUCCUACACCUACUCCAAGUCGAGAUCAGGUUCUUCUCGCUCCCGCUCCUACUCUCGCUCGUUUAGUCGUUCGCAUUCACGUUCCUACUCGCGGUCACCUCCGUAUCCCAGAAGAGGCAAAGGAAAAAGCCGUAACUAUCGCUCUAGGUCAAGGUCACAUGGUUAUCACCGCUCGAGGUCAAGAUCACCACCAUAUAGAAGAUACCAUUCACGAUCAAGGUCUCCAAUAUUUAGAGGCCAGUCUCCCACUAAAAGGACUAUACCACAAGGGGAAGGGGAAAGGGAGUAUUUUAACAGAUACAGAGAAAUUCCACCCUAUGAUAUGAAAGCUUACUAUGGCAGAUCUGUUGAUUUUAGAGAUCCGUUUGAAAAAGAAAGAUACAGAGAAUGGGAAAGGAACUAUAGAGAGUGGUAUGAGAAGUUUUACAAGGGUUAUGCCGUCGGAGCUCAGCCUCGACCCCCAGUAAGCAGAGAGAACUUCUCUCCAGAGAGGUUUGGUCCCCCUGGAACCAGGCGAGAGAGUUCACCGUAUGCUCGGGGACGUAGGGAGGAUUAUGCUAGUGGACAAAGCCAUAGAAAUCGUAGUAUAGGUGGCAGUUACCCUGAAAAGCCUUCUGGAAGAGAGAGCCAUGGCAUCAAAGAUCCCACAAAAUCAAAAGAAAAAGAGGUAGAAAAUCCGCUGGGAGAUGGCAAGGGAAAUAAACAUAAAAAACACCGAAAGAGAAGAAAAGGUGAUGAAAAUGAAGGGUUUCCCAAUGCUGAGUUGUUGGAAGGUGCAAGAAAAUCAAGAGAACCAGUUGCAGCAGAAGAUGUCAAAGCAGACUCUAUGUUCAUGGUCCCCAGUAGAGAUGAUGCUACCCCUGUGAGGGAUGAACCUAUGGAAGCAGAUUCCAUUGCUUUUAAACCAGUGUCUGAAAAGGAGAAAAAAGAGAAAGAUAAGCCGAAAGCAAAAGUUGACAAGACGAAACGGAAAGCAGAAGUAGCUGUUGCUCCUAAGAAAGACAGUACAGUCAAACCUACUAAAGCUUCCCAGGAGAGGGUAGACACUGAUCGUGAAAAAUCUCCUCGGACAGAACCCUCUGCAAAAAAAGUGAAGGAGGAGUUGCCAAAGACAGAUGGUGUUAAAGCAUCUUCAUCUCAAAAGGAUGAGAAGGCUCUUGGUACACCCCGGAAAGCUCAUCCAAAAGUGACAAAAGAUCACCCAGAAACCAGACCGGCCAAGGAAGAAAAGGCCAAGAAAGAUCAUCCAAAAGAAGGCAAGUCAGAGAAGCCCUCCAACAAAGAGGAGAAGUCAAAGAAAACAGCUGAAAAAAGCAAAACUUCUGAUGCCAAACCUGAAAAAAGAAAAAGGAAGGCAGAUGAAAAGGUAGAUAAAGAGCACGAAGCUGCCUCUGUAAAGGCCUCCAAACCGGAAAGCGCUGAAUCAAAAGCGUCACCGAAGGGGAAGGCUGAGCCCGAUGGUGAAAAAACAGAGAGAACCCCAGAAAAGGAUAAAUCUGCUUUUCUGACUGCGCCUGCAAAAAAGAUUAAACUUAACCGAGAAACUGGCAAGAAGAUUGUGAGUGGAGAAAAUGUACCCCCUGCAAAGGAACCUGCUGAGAAACCUGAGCCGAGCAGCAGCAAAGCUAAAGCAGAAAAAGCGAAAGGAAAAGUGAGAAGAAAAGUAACAGCAGCUGAUGGAUCUGGUUCGACUCUCGUAGAUUACACCAGCACUAGUUCCACUGGAGGAAGCCCUGUGAGAAAGCCUGAAGAAAAAACAGAUACAAAACGGACUGUUAUUAAGACCAUGGAGGAGUAUAAUAAUGAUAUAACCGCCCCUGCUGAAGACGUCAUUAUUAUGAUCCAGGUCCCUCAAUCAAAGUGGGAUAAAGAUGACUUUGAGUCUGAAGAGGAAGACAUUAAGUCCACCCAGGUACCCACAAAUGUAGGGAAACCAGCUAGUGUUGUAAAAAAUGUGAGUGUUAAGCCCCCAAACCCCGUGAAACACAGUGAAAAAGAAGCUGAGCCUUUGGAAAAAACACAAAAAGCUGCAAAAGAAGUGAGUUACGAGAGCUCCCAGCAUGAUGCAAAAGGAUCAAAAAGCUCCAUGGCAAGUGAAAAAGGGAAAACCAAAGACCGGGAUCAUUCUUUGUCAGACAAGGACACUUCUGAGAAGAGAAAGAGCAGUGUUCAGCCAGAAAAAGACCACUCAGAACGAGGGACUGAACAAGGAAAUGGAAAAAAUAUUUCUCAAUCUUCCAAAGAGAGCAGAUCUUCAGAGAAACAUGAUAACGGGCGCGGAUCCACUGCUAAAGACUUCACUCCUAACAGAGACAAGAAAUCUGACCACGAUAGCACCAGAGAUCAUUCUAGCUCCAAGCGCAGAGAUGAGAAGGGAGAGGUAGCGAGGAGAAAAGACUCUCCUUCCCGAAGCAGGGAGGCCGCGUCGGGACAGAAGAGCAAGCCGCGAGAGGAGCGCGCGGAGGCGGCCAAGAAGGGCGCCGGCGAUGCCAAGAGGGGCGGCUACAGCCCCGCACGCGAGCGCAGGCCGGCCGAGCACAAGCCCGCGCACGAGCCCAAGCGCUCGGCGGAAGAACACAAACCUCCAGAUAAGAACGCGGGCAAGGAGAAGGAGAAGGAAAAAGAGAAACAGGUGACGGAAGUAAAGAGCAAUAAAGAAAAAGAGCCGGUUGUUAAUAAGCCACCUCCGAGACUUGAAUCCCCAGAUGCAAAAAAUGAGAAAGAAAACGUGACCGGGCAGAAUGAGAAGAACGUCGUCAAGCCUAAGCCUCAGGUCAGCACCUCCUCGCGGCUCUCCUCCGAUCUGACCCGAGAAACUGAUGAGGCUGCCUUCGUGCCAGACUACAACGAAAGCGACAGCGAGAGCAACGUGUCGGCGAAAGAAGAGGAGGCGGCGGGCAAGAACUGCAAGGAAGCGAAGGAGAAGCCUGCCGAGAAGGGCAAGGAGGAGGCGGCGGCGGGCGGCGCGGAGCAGCCCGAGGCGAGCCGCAGCCAGAGCCAGAGCAGCCCCAGCGUGAGCCGCAGCCGCAGCCAGAGCCCCUCCGAGAGCCAGACCCGCAGCCACAGCAGCAGCGCCAGCUCGGCAGAGAGCCAGGACAGCAAGAAGAAGAAGAAGAAGAAGGAGAAGAAGAAGCACAAGAAACACAAAAAACACAAGAAGCAUAAGAAACACGCUGGAAAUGAGUCGGAAUUGGAGAAGAGCCAAAAACACAAACACAAGAAGAAGAAAUCCAAGAAGAGCAAAGAUAAAGAGAAGGAUGACCAAAAAGUUAAAUCUGUCACUACAUAGAAUGACAGAUUACGAAGAAUUGACUUAAUUCCUAAGUCAUCUGUAUUAAAUUUUGUUAAAAUGUAAACGAAUUCAAGCUUUGUAAAUAAUGACAUGAAAGACCCUGUGCUGCACUUAAAAUAUUGCUGCUUGAUUAUUUGAUUUUUACAUCAGAGCUUUAUAAAGUGAACAUUUUGUACAGAAUUGUGAGUUGUGACCAUGUAACAUGAAAGGUUUUGCUGGGGCAUCUUAUUUUUAACCACCGUUAAUUAGUUUGGGUGGAGUUUACUGUACUGUGAAGAUUUUCACAUUUGA